AUGCUGGGCUUAAGGGUACUGGGGAUGACACUUGUGGUUCUGACUGGUGGGCUGCUCAGUGUGGCUGAUUCGGACCUAGGCUGGGAGCAUAAGCAGUCCUUGGUCCUCAGGGGGCAGCUGAACCAGGUGUCAUCAGAAGGAGAACAGUGUUGGCUGGGGGCUAGAGCCCGAAGACCCCGAGCUGCUCCCCUGAAUCAUCUCUUUGGGGUCUAUCCUAGCAGAAGAGUGGACUACUUGCUUCCCUACCCCAUCAGGGAGCAGAGAAGCCUUCCUGUAGGAAAUAGUAAGCCCGGCACUGAGGCAAGAGUUACGAAUCAUUUUCUUCAAGAUGAAGCUAAUAGACAAGCAAGGAGUUUAUCCACACUACUGAGUGGGAGUCGAGGCAGGGGUACUCUUGCCCCCCAGACAGAGGACAAUCCUCGUGAGCCGUCUGAUGACAUUCACAUUGGGAGUCAAAGCUUCUUGGAGUCUCUGAGUGAGACUGGGACCAAAGAAAGAGCUGCUGCCGGCACUGAAGCCCCCUCGUACCCACAAGGACCAAAACCAGAAUCCCAAAGAAAGAGGGAAGUGAGGAUCAGACACCGGAGAAAGGCACAGGAGAAGAAUGCAGAGAACUUGGGGGAAAACCCCAACUGGGGAGGAGCAACCUUUUACUCCCAAGAAGGGAUGCCUAUCCUGUAUUUCUCUGGUAGGCGGGAACAGCUCUUGCUUCGCCCAGAGGUGAUGGUUGAGAUUCCCCGGGAAGCAUUCACGGUGGAAGCCUGGGUUAGACCAGAGGGAGGACAGAACAACCCAGCCAUUAUAGCAGGUGUAUUUGACAACUGCUCCCAUGCUCUCAGUGACAAGGGCUGGGCCUUGGGUAUCCGGUCAGUGGAGUAUCAUGGAAGGAAGGAUGCUCGUUUCUUUUUUUCUCUCCGCACAGACCGUUUGAGAAAGGCUACAAUUGUGAUUGGGCAUAGCCGCUACUUGUCAGGUACAUGGACACAUUUAGUAGCUACUUAUGAUGGACGUCGCAUAGCUCUCUAUAUAGAUGGAGCUCAAGUUGCCAGUAGCCUGGGCCAAUCUGGCCCUUUGCACAGCCCAUUUAUGGCAUCUUGCCGUUCUUUAAUCCUGGGUGGGGACAGCUCAGAGGACAGACACCAAUUCCGUGGGCACAUGGGUACCUUGACUCUCUGGAACACAGCACUUCAACAAAGCCAGCUCCAGCAGAGUUUCUUGCAGCCAAGUGGAUAUGGGGACUUAGCUUCCUUGGCACUCAGUGCUAUUUUUGCUCCAAUGGAACAGCAAUGGGUAACCUUUAAAGAUGGGGAAUUCCCAAGACUUGACAUGCUCCAGGAUCCAGAGCCUGAGCCUGAGAUUCUGCACCCUCUCAUACCUCCACCCUGUGGACAAACUGUCUGUGAUAAUGUGGAGUUGAUCACCCAGUACAAUUGGCACUGGCCACUGAGAAGUGAGAAGGUGAUCCGUUACCAAGUGGUGAAUGUAUGUGAUGACGAUGGACUUCAUCCUACUGUCAGCAGUGAGCAAAUCACCCGUCAACAUCAGGCAUUGAGUGCAGCCUUCAGCCGGUACAACAUCAGCUGGCAAUUGAGUGUUCAUGAAGUGCGUAACUCCACUUUGCGUUAUCGGGCUGUCCUCGUGAACUGUGAGCCCAGCAAGAUUGGCAAUGAUCACUGUGACACUGAAUGUGAUCAUCCACUUACUGGCCAUGAUGGAGGUGACUGUCGCCUUCAGGGACGCUGUUACUCAUGGAAUCGGAGGGAUGGUGUGUGCCACAUGGAGUGCAACAACAUGUUGGAUGACUUUGAUGAUGGUGACUGCUGUGACCCUGAUGUGACUGAUGUACAGAAGACUUGCUUUGACCCUGAUUCACCCAAGAGGGCUUACAUGAGUGUGAAGGAGCUGAAAGAGGCUUUGCAACUGAACAGCACCCACUUCCUCAAUGUCUACUUUGCCAGUUCAGUCCGGGAGGACCUGGCAGGUGCUGCCACCUGGCCUUGGGAUAAGGAAGCCAUCAGCCACCUUGGUGGUGUGGUCCUCAACCCAACCUAUUAUGGCAUGCCUAGCCAUACCAACAUCAUGAUCCAUGAAGUAGGACAUGUUUUGGGGCUGUACCAUGUCUUCAAAGGGGUCAGUGAAAGGGAAUCUUGUGAUGAUCCCUGCAGGGAGACUACUCCAACCAUGGACACAGGUGACCUUUGUGCUGACACAGCUCCCACACCGAAAAGUAAGUUGUGUCAGGACCCAGAACCUACUAAUGACACCUGUGGCCAAAACCACUUCUCUGGGACACCGUUCAACAACUACAUGAGCUAUACAGAUGAUGACUGCACUGAUCACUUCACCCCAAACCAAGUGGCCCGAAUGCAUUGCUAUUUGGAUCUGGUUUAUCAGCAAUGGAGUGAAAGCAGAAGACCCACCCCCAUCCCCAUUCCACCAGUGAUCAUUGGACAGACCCAAGAUUCCCUCACCAUUCACUGGCUGCCUCCCAUUAGUGGAGUUCUAUAUGAAAGGGAUGCUGGCAGUCUCUGUGGAGUGUGUGCAGAAGAUGGGACUUUCCGUCAAUAUGUCCAUGCUGCCUCUUCUCGCCGUGUGUGUGACUCUUCAGGUUACUGGACUCCAGAGGAGGCAGUAGGGCCCCCAGAUGUGGACCAACCCUGUGAGCCAAGCUUACAGGCCUGGAGUCCAGAACUCCAUCUAUACCAUAUGAACAUGACUGUCCCCUGUCCAGCAGAAGGCUGUAGUCUGGAACUGCUCUUCCUCCAUCCAGUCCAUGCAGAUAGCCUGACACUGUGGAUCACCUACCUCUCCAUGGAUUCCUCUCAGGCUCUCUUUGACUUGGAAGUCUUGAUGGAAAACCAUGAGUCUAUCCACCUGGGACCCUUGAACACCUUCUGUGAUACUCCCCUCACUGUCAAACUCAAUGUUGAAUGGAAGGUUUCAGGAGUGAAGGUCUACACAUUUGAUGAGAGGAUGGAAAUUGAUGCAGCUCUCCUAACCUCAAAGCCUCAUAGUCCACUGUGUUCUGGCUGCAAGCCUGUGAAGUACCAGAUCCUUCGGGACCCUCCAUUUAAAAGCAAUUCCCCUGUCAUGGUGGCACACCGUCAUAGGAAGUUCACGGACAAGGAAGUCAUACCUGGUCAGGUAUAUCAGUAUCAAAUUCAAGCUGCUGCUGGAACAGAAUUGGGAGAAGCCUCUCCUCCUUUAAUCCAUAUCCAUGGCACCCCCUACUGUGGGGAUGGGCAGGUGACAGAGAAUCUUGGAGAAGAAUGUGAUGAUGGAGAUUUGCUUGAUGGGGAUGGCUGCUCUAGAAAAUGUGAAAAGGAAAAAGGCUUCAACUGUGUUGGGGAACCCAGCCUGUGCUACAUCUAUGAGGGAGAUGGGAUAUGUGAGCCUUUCGAGAAGAUGAACAGUAUCCUGGACUGUGGUCUCUAUACUCCCAAAGGCUACUUGGAUCAAUGGGCCACUCAGGCCUAUACAUCUCAUCAGGACAAUAAUAUGUGCCCUGUUUCUUUGGUGACUGGGGAACCCCUUUCCAAGGUUUGCAAAUCCCACCCUCCCAAGUCACCAGAGGACCGUUCUCUUGCUGGUUGGUUUCCCUGUAUCACUAGUGAAGGGGAGAGAAAGGAGCCUGAGAUUCACCUUGAGAGAGAUGAAAAGGUCUGGCUCAAGGUAUGCUUUGACCAACCUGGAGUGGCCACCACAGUUUUCAUUUUCUUGGCAUCUGAUGGCAUGGUUCAUGGGGAAAAGCAGCAGCCAACAGUGACCCUUCAUUUGACUGAUGCCAAUGGACAAAACCACUCACUUGGAACCUAUGAAUUAUCAUGCCAGCAUAACCCAUUGGUUAUUAAUGUGACCCACAAUCUAAAUUUCCUUUUUCACCAAACCACCUCAGUGUUGCUUAAUUUCUCUUCACCAUUUGUGGGCAUCUCAGCAGUGGCCCUAAGGACUUCCUUAACUAUUAGUCCUUUAGCUCCCAACAACUGUGUCCCAGGGCAUGAAGAACAUGGACACCAACAACCAAGCUGUGCCCGUCAGCCUUGUGGAGAACAGGGCAGUUGUGUGCCAUUGCUACUUGACCAUGCAGAUGUUGUGAAUUGUACAUCCAACAGCCCAGAACACAUGAAAUGUGCUGUCAUCUGCAAAACGGGAUUCAUCCUCCAAGCCAAGAGUGGACAGAAACUAAGGCCCAUGCAGAAGGAGAUUUUGCUCACAUGUUCUGCUGGGUGCUGGGACCAAGCCAUCAGCUGUGUCCCCCUUGAUUGUGGUGUUCCUGACCAGUCACAUGUGUCCUAUGCAAGCUUCUCCUGCCUGGAAGGCACUGCCUUUCUAAAACGUUGUUCUUUCUCCUGUAUCUCACCAGCCAAACUUCAAGGAAUGAACCAGUGGUUGACCUGCCUUGAGGAUGGGCUUUGGUCUCUCCCAGAAGCUUACUGCAAAUUGGAGUGUGAUGUUCCCCCUGUCAUACCUAAUGCCAACUUGCUACUGCCUCGCUGCCUUCAGGGAAAUCAUGAUGUGGGGUCUAUUUGCCGAUAUCAAUGUGAACCUGGAUACUAUGUGGCAGAAAGUACAGAAAACAAGCCCAGGAACAAGCUUCUGAAGAUCCAAUGCCUGGAAAGUGGAAAUUGGGAGCAAGGUAGCUGCAUUCCAGUAGUAUGUGAAUCCCCAUCUCCUGUCUUUGAAGGCAUGUAUGCCUGUACCAAUGGCUUCAAGCUUGGUAGCCAGUGCGUGCUCAACUGUAACCUGGUCAGUCAAAGGAUGCCCAUAACUUGCACUAAAGAAGGGUUAUGGACAGAAGAGUUUAAGUUAUGUGAUAACCUUCAGGGAGAAUGUCCACCACCUCCAGAGCUCAAUUUAGUGGAAUACAAGUGUGAACAGGGAUAUGGAAUUGGUGCCGUGUGUACACCAUCCUGUAUAAUCCCCCCCAGUGAUCCAGUUAUGCUGCCUGAAAACAUCACUACUGACACCAUGGAACAUUGGAUGGAACCAACCAAGAUCCAGAAUAUAGUGUGUACUGGCAGACGGAGGUGGCACCCAGAUCCCAGCCUGGUUCACUGCAUCCAGUCAUGUGAGCCUUUUCAAGCCGAUGGGUGGUGCGAUACAAUCAACAACCGAGCCUAUUGUCAGUAUGAUGGUGGAGACUGCUGUUCUUCAACCCUCUCUUCCAAGAAGGUAAUUCCAUUUGCUGCUGACUGUGAGCAAGAUGAAUGCACCUGCCGGGAUCCCAAAGCAGAAGAAAAUCAGUAA